GUACCAGACGCGCGCUCACUCAACCUCGCGCAGCACAAUGCUGGACACCAGGAGUUUGUCCCCGCUAUGAAUCCUGCCAACGAAACGGAGAGAAGUGCAGAACAUUAUAUUUUCGCACUUGGCACCUACAAACUUCUCGCUUUCACCAUUGGGACUAUCGGGGUGUUCGGCUUCUGUAACAACGUCGUUGUCAUCGUACUGUACUGUAAAUUCAAGAGACUGAGGACCCCCACCAAUCUGUUACUGGUCAACAUUAGUUUGAGUGACCUGCUGGUUUCUGUCAUUGGAAUUAACUUUACCUUUGUUUCGUGCCUCAAAGGCGGAUGGAUAUGGAGCCAGGCGACAUGCAUCUGGGACGGCUUCAGCAACAGCCUAUUCGGCAUAGUGUCCAUCAUGACUCUGGCUGCUCUAGCCUACGAGCGAUACAUCCGGGUGGUCCAUGCGCAGGUGGUGGACUUCCCCUGGGCGUGGCGGGCCAUCGGCCACAUUUGGCUGUACUCCGUGGUGUGGACGGGCGCUCCUCUGCUGGGAUGGAACCGCUACACGCUGGAGAUCCAUAAGCUGGGCUGCUCCCUGGACUGGGCGUCUAAGGACCCAAAUGAUGCCUCCUUCAUCCUCCUUUUUCUCCUGGCCUGUUUCUUUGUGCCUGUGGGCAUCAUGAUCUACUGCUAUGGAAACAUCCUUUACACAGUGCAAAUGCUGCGCUCCAUCGAAGACCUUCAGACAGUUCAGAUCAUCAGGAUCUUGCGGUACGAGAAGAAGGUGGCCGUUAUGUUUUUCCUGAUGAUCUCCUGCUUCCUGGUGUGUUGGACGCCCUACGCUGUGGUGUCCAUGAUAGAAGCCUUCGGCAGAAAGAGCAUGGUCUCUCCCGUAGUGGCUAUCAUCCCCUCGUUCUUUGCCAAGUCCAGCGCGGCCUACAACCCCCUCAUCUACGUGUUCAUGAGCAGAAAGUUCCGGCGCUGUUUGCUGCAGCUGCUGUGCUCGCGGUUCUCUUGGUUGCAGCACAGCAUCAAAGAGCGCCCCAUUGCUCCGGUCCAACGCCCCAUACGACCCAUCGUCAUGUCCGGAAACUACGGCAGGAGAAACCGACCUAAGAAGAGGGUGACUUUCAGCUCCUCCUCCAUUGUCUUUAUCAUCACUAGCAAUAAUUUACACCAACUGGAUGUGACCUCCAAGGCUAGAGACCCUGCGGAGGUUAAUGUCAUUCAAAUCAGGCCCCUCUGAUCCGCAAGGACUGGACUUCUCACCCCACCAUCACUUUGCCUUAGGACCUAAAUCAAACCAAAAUAACCCUGUCUAACCUCCUUAGAUAUUUCUUCGUAUAUACACAGUUAUGAACUUGUUAAAAGUACUUUUAAAUAUGUAAUUGUCAGCCCAAGACCUCAGCUGAACCUCCUUACACUGUGUUGUCUGUGUAGCAGAUAGUAUUACUUCCUGAGUUACCAUCAGCUAUGGUGAUAUAAUGAUGUAGUUACAACCUGUAAUAUGUAUUUCUUCACAAUGAGUUGUUGAAAAUGCCACAUUUGACAACUGCAGAACCGUGUGGAGUUGUUAGCAGGGUUAAUGGAACUGAGUAUGUGAUGAUUGUUUUGGUUGGUACCCAACUGUAAAACCACAAAAACAGGCCUUAGCUUAUUAACUAGCAAACUGACAUUAUUGAGUAUUGAUUCAAUAAAGAGAUCCUAUUUAUAGCUACCUGUCUUAUGUAACUAAUCUCCUUUCAAUUAAUCUCCGGAUUGGCGAUAGCAGGAACUGUGAAAUGACAUUUGGUGGAUCACCACAGAUGAGGACUACAGGAGUGUAAUUAUAUAAGAGGCGAUGAGAGCGAGACCUCAGUGAGCCACUCCUUUCAUAACAUCCUGGCCUGUCAGCUAUGAAUAGACUUGAUGAAUGGCUGUCCAUCGCUGAUAAAACCCUUAAUCCUUGGAGACGUUUCACUUAUCAAUCCGGUUUCUAGAACUUUAUUAAAGCUUGCUAAUAAUUGUAUCCUGCCCUGAAUGAAAUAAUUGGACAUCAGACAUGCCUGUAUACAUGUUAGCUGCUAGCUUAAAAGCUGUGAUUACUCACAGUAGGAAUGUUCAUCGUUAAUGUUCAUAAUGCUAAUUUAAGAAGGAUUGGCUUUGGAGAAGCCUGAAGACACUGAGACAUGCUGUCAGGGUUGGCAACGUUUUUCUACAAUUGGAGAUAAUGAUGCUUGCUACUUUUAAGAUUAGCAGCAUUUGUUUUCUUGGUUGGAUACUUCCAAAAUCUACCAUCUUAUUGUUAGUUCUUAAUCCAUUGCUGAAUGAGUUUCAGCAUAAACUAGAUUCUCAGUCAGAGGAAAUUUAGCCAUACAAGUUUGGCACACCAAAAUGAGCGACUAACAGGUAUAUCGGGUUUAGAAGUUAGCGUCUUUUAUGUAUUAGCUUCUUUGCGUUGUAGGAUUCAACUGAUAUUGGAUGACAGCAAUGUGGUGAAACAUACAAUUCUAUCUUGGGAUCGUUGGAUAGGUAAGGAGGGAAGAUCCAGGGUCCGGUUAACAUCUAAUACAGGGGUCUCCAAACUUUUUUCACCGAGGGUCACUUAUAGAGGUGAAUAUUGCCUCAGUUAAAAAACCGCCUACAUCCCCUCUUUUUUUAGGGUUUCAUUUAUUUUGUUGGCAGCUCCUUCCUUAAAACAGAAGCCUCAGAUUGCUUAUAAUAAGAGCAAAUAUGAAGGUUACAUUUGAAGCUUGUUAUGGAAAUAAGUUAUUGGGAUUUGUUAGAAAAUGUUUGACAUUUGAAAUGAAUACAUUUAUUUCAAAUUGGGUUUAUUAACUCAUGAAUACUGUGUCAUAUAUUUUAACAUUUUGAAAAGUACAAUAGAAGACAAGCAAAAGUUUAAUUUGUGGGCCAUAUUCCAUUAUACAUUUGGAAUUUGCAGAGGGCCAAUUCAAUAUGGCCUGCGAGGCCGCAUUUGGCCCCCGGGCCGUAGUUUGGACACCCCUGAUCUAAUACCUUCUCUUUUUCUGUCCAAACAUUCAUUAAGUUAAUGCUAACUCUCGCUCUCCGUACUGACAAGUCCCCUUUGUGGUGGAAUUGUUAUGUUUCCAUGUCAAUCAGUCUCUGUUUGCCCAUAAGACAAAGAUCGGUGUCAUUGGUGACAUCUUGCGCAGGAUGAGUAUGAAUUUCAGAUUUCUACAGACGUAUAAAGAAAACCCCUUUUUCAGAAGAAGAAUGGGAAAACCCUCUCUACUGGCAAACUUUGAAAAGAUACAAGUCAGUUCAGUCAAGGUCAGACAUUUUAGGGGACUGUCAAGUGUCUCUUCUUGUCCCCUAAAGUGUCUAACCUGUCUCAUCUUGAACUAAAUAUAAAGACAAAGUCCACUAACUCAGCUUGAAGGUGUUUCCAAUACAUCACAAUAUUUUUAUAUAAUAACAAUAUCGGUUGAAACAAUUCAAAAAUGGAUUAGGAAAGAACCCACGUGUACGUCCAGAGCCUAGCAGCUUGUUUGAAGUUACUUGUUUUUUAUGUGACAUUUCUGAUGUACUUCUGACUUUUUGCUGUUCUGUUCUAAGUCUGUUGGUUGUACUUUUAUGCUAAAACAUUUGUUUAUAUCUCAAUGGGCAUACAUGGCAGAUUUAAAGAAAAACCUAUUUUAAAACCUGAACCAGCAGCUCUCCUCAGCUUUACAGAAAAUUAAUAUGUUGAGUUUCAGCUUUAUGAUUUGCUGUUCCACCCACAAAUGCACUGUUCUGGUUUGCUGUUAGUGGGUCUGGCAGCAAUUAUCCGACUCUCUAUAAAGGCAUCUGUACUUUAAGCACCGCACACCACUGUAAGCAACUGUUGAUAGAACAAGAGCACCUAAAGAUCCAGAUAUUUGUUUAAGGAUUAAAAGACUGAACCCGGAGCUAAAAAAAUGGGAAUUUGUUGUAAAUUCUUCAAGUAGACACAAACAGGUCUCCAAAUAAAUGACCAAGUUGCUAACAUGUUCCACAACUGAAUAUGGUUUCAUACUGUACAUUGUUUCUACGGCCCCCCCAAGUGGCCUAAAUUGUAGACGUAAAAGAAGUCCCUCAUUCUGCAUAAAUUCAAUGAUGAUGAAAGAUCUCAGUAACAGUGGGGAGUUUAUUAGCUAUUUAGGGAAUGGUUGUUCUCAAAUUGAAAAUCAUGGUAUGGAAAUAUUCAAAAACGUUAGGAAUUUGUAGUAACACAAUCAGUUAAGCAGCGAAUAAAUGUUAUAUAAUUAUAUAUCUUUCUGACUUCUAGUAGUUAGGUUAGGACAGUCGCUAUUAACCAACAUGUAUUUGCCAGGCUGGCAGAGCCUUCAUUGUGGUUAUAAGAGGAUUCAAUCGAACUCUUUUCACAGAAUGGAUUCUCUCAUUUCUGUUGUUCCUUGCUGCACUCUUUGCACUUUUCUGUCGGAUCCGAGCCGGUGCUCAGGAAGUCCAGAGGGACACGAGCCUGUCCCACAUUUUCUCAGCGGGGAUGAUGAGCUUGUUGAUAUCAGGAGGGUUUUUAAUGAGAAGGUAGGAGCCUCCCAAAACAGCUCCUGUAGCACCGAACAGCAGGCCCCGGUUUAUCACCUGUGAAAAAUACAUCCAUACAUUUUCUUAAUUCUAUAGGGUUCAGUUUUAUCAGUUGCACACAAACAGAUGUUGUUGAGGAACAUUAGUCAUUCGAAAGCAUUAAGCACAACAUAUUUGUUAUUUUUUAACCUCAUUUAGAAAUGAACUGUCACAUGAUACUGUAUUACAAUAGUACCAAUAAAUGAAUCUCAAUUCACUGCUGGUGUAACCUAUACCACAUUUUACUGAACAUGUAAAAAAUAAAGUUUCCAAGAACAAAUGCAUAUUUCUGAGCAGUAAUGGAUCUUAGUAUAUUUAUAUCAAACUGUAUUGGACAAAUUCAAAGUUUUAUGGAAAAGUGAAUACCUAUGUACGGUAUGAUAAUGUGUGCUAUUAUGACUAAAAAUAAACCUAGUUUUGUGUAUAAAUUGGUAUAAUGCAUUUUCUUUGUGCUGUUGUGUACUCACUUAUCUCCCCUACAGUAUCAUUGACCUUAAAACUCCAACAUCCUCUUAGACAUACCGUUAUGUUUGUCUCUUUAACAGAUCUCAGGCAUAGGGGGUAAUGGGUUGCAUGUAACUGGAUUAUGUAAUCAGGAUGCAAAGGUUACUGUAUUCCCUCACGUAAAAAAGAUGUUAUCAGAUUACAGUUUAUUUCUCAAAAUGUGGGAUUACUCUCAGGAUUACAAUGUUACAAAGAAUCUAAAAAGAGCAUAGUGUUUGUUGUAAAGGAUCAGAUGUUCUCUCUCCUCUGUCAGUUGUUCUGUUCUGUAGGCUAAUACUUUAAGUGUUAAUCUAUACACCUACUGCCUGA